GAUGGCGGCCCCCUUGGAGCUCAGCUGCUGGGGAGGCGGCUGGGGUCUCCCUUCGGUCCACAGCGAAUCCCUGGUGGUGAUGGCUUAUGCCAAGUUUUCUGGGGCGCCCCUGAAAGUUAACAUCAUAGACAGCACCUGGAGAGGCCCACGAGGCGACGUACCCAUUUUGACAGCUGAAGACAGCAUCGUUUGUCAGCCUGCAAAGAUACUAAACUUUUUACGAAAACAGAAAUACAACGCAGACUUCGACUUGACCGCAAAGCAAGGUGCAGACACACUGGCAUAUGUCGCACUCCUGGAAGAGAGGCUGUUGCCUGCCGUGCUUCACACGUUCUGGGUUGAGAGUGACAACUACUUCACUGUGACGAAGCCGUGGUUCGCUUCCCGGAUUCCUUUCCCCUUGAGUCUGAUCCUGCCUGGAAGAAUGUCCAGGGGGGCGCUGGACAGGAUUCUGCUGACGAAGGGCGUGCCCCCGCUCUACCAGCUGAAGGAGGUGGAGGCCCAGAUUUACAGAGACGCCAAGGAGUGUCUCAAUCUCCUGUCACACAGACUGGGGACGUCUCAGUUUUUCUUUGGAGACACGCCUUGCUCCUUGGACGCCUACGUGUUUGGCUUCCUCGCCCCGCUCUAUAAAGUGCGAUUUCCACAAGUCCAGCUGCAGGAGCAUCUGAAGCAGCUCUCCAACCUGUGCCGCUUCUGUGAUGGCAUCCUACACAGCUACUUCAGGCUCACGCCUGCAGGCAUCUCCCCCUCCGGGCCCGAGUCGGUGGACGCCAAUCUGCGGAAGCUCACGCAGCUGGUCAAUAAGGAGUGCAGCCUGAUCGAGAAGAUGGAUGACAACCUCCGCCAGAGUCCUCAGCUGCCUGCUCGGAAACUGCCCACGCUGAGGCUGACUCCGGCCGAGGAAGACAGUAACUCCCAGCGGCUGUCGCCCUGAUGGCCAUCGUGCUCUGGGACCGAGCACAUGGUGGCCGUGGCCAUCCGCACGAAAUGCAUCCAGGCAAGACGGCACACUCGUGGGUGUGAGGACGACUCUUAACAGAAGGAGCCUUUGGCAGCUUUCGCAUGAGGAAGCCCGUAAUCCUGCUUGGCAGUGCAUUUGACAUCAACGCGGGGACUGCCCAGUGGCCUCGGGGUGGGAGCAGGAACACGGGACACCGUAUGCCAGGUCCUAUCCUCACCUUGGCAGGCUCUUGCCUUUGGGCCACAUGUUGCUGACCAAAAGCUGCGAUUCCGUUCUGAAUGUGUACCCCUAAUUUAUUCACGCUAAUUUAUCCGGUUUAGUAACCUGAUCUUCUCAGACAUGUCUGAGUACUAAUAUGUGGCUGUUGGGUUGAAGCUUUUCUUCUUUCUUCAGUUUAGAAAUCUGAUGCCUGUUAGCGACAGGAAAAAUGCCAGUUACUUCAACAGGAAGUCUGUAUAGCAUUUGACACACUAGGAGGAAUGUGCUAAUGAUGCUAUGCUAAGCCUGAGCCUCGAGGCCUCAGGAUGUGUCUCGGUGUUGCAGGUGGCUGCAGACAGCAUGCAUCUAGCUGAUGGGGCUGCAGGGCCCUGGCCGCCUGGGUGCCUGGGGCAGCGCAGGCCUGCUCAUUCGCGGCCCAUGGCCACCCCAGUCAUCUCUUGGCUGUACUGACUCCAGGAAAGCUGCACGUUUGUUAAGCAUGAUCACUUCACUAGGCUGUCCAAUCUUGAAACUUUCCUAGUUGUUCAGCUGCUCAGGAGGCACCAUGUCCAGAAAAGCAGAAAUACCUACAGAGCACCUGUGAGCCUAGGAAGCACGUGACAUCAUCAGAAAGUCUUCUGACAACCAAGUUAGUUUCUGUGUAUUUUUGCUGCAUUGAGGGAGCCAAAGGAAUGGUCAGACCUGGCAGUUAUUAAGAAUAUCUCUACUUCACGGUCAUGGAGCUGUGUAGCAAGUUUGCUUAAGACAGAGACCUGCUGAUGUCAGUGGCCGAGGUGCUCAUGUCCUGAAACCACUUCUGGGAGGUUAACGCCGGAAUCCUGCUCUGAGGAGGGUCUUACCCGAGUGGGGUGCCCGGGCCGUCCCGCCAUGUCCCGCAGACAUGUGGUUGCGUAGGCAGGCUCUGCCUGGAGACUUCCGGCCCAGGCCAGGCGGCCCUCAGCGGCUUCUGUUCUCCGCUGCUCUGCAGUGAGGACCUGCUUUACACAGGAGUCUCCGGGCCAUUGUAAAUGUUUUUCCUUGAGGGGUUCAACUAAAUGAGAAACAGCCAGUCUUCAAAAUCUGGCAUCGUCUGCUCGGAUGCAGUCACGGGAGAUUCCCGAGGAGCUUCGCAUGAGUUCUGCUGGCGUGGCACUCACACCUUUCUCUUAAAAGCGGCAAGCUGGAACCGUGUGAAAUCAGGACUGGGAGAGUUUGCUGAUUGAUGUGUGUUGAGGAAGGGUGCUGAGCACACUGAUCAGACAUCUGUUUAUGCUUGACUCAAGAUUAGUCAUUUUCAAUUAUGAUGUAUAGUACGCUUUCCAAAAAAGCACUUGGAGUGACUUACAAGUGUAAAACACUUGUAAACAGGAGAAUUAUAAUUAGUUUCCGAGAAAAAAAUUUAAAAGUUGUAGGAGAAGGAACCACAUCAACAUGAACAGAUUCUAAAAUUGAGUGGUAAAUUUAGCUCUGCAUCAGAAGAUAAUACUGGUCUGCGUGAUUCUUUUUCUUUCAAUAAAACUGAUGCCCAUGAGAAAAAAAAACAGUGUAUUUGAUAUUUUUAAGAAAGUGAGAGAUCUAGUUCUUAUGCAGACUUCAACUGAAAUGUGACAUUUGAUGUCCUGAAAUUUUAAGCAAGUGAGGUCGUCUUAGGAUAAUAGAUUUCUCCUUUUUAGUGGAAGGGAUGACUGUAAAUUAGACUUACUUUUUGGUCGUCCUUGCUUUGAGCUGCCUGUCACUUGCUAUGACGUAAUCCAUGAGACUGCCUUUCCUAGGAAACAAAAUGCGAUUUAGGUACGGAUUUUGUUCUAUAAGCAAAUGAGAUAAUAAGAUGUUAUAAAUGAGCAGACUACAUCAGGGAGCAGCCAUAGGGUUAGGAAGUUGCUUAGAUUGAACAUGGCUUUUGAAGGGCCUGCCAGCCUGGAGUGCGGGGAGGGCCCAUGCGUUAUGCUGCAGUGCAGUGUGUGGGCCGUGCUUCCCACCCAGUGCUAGGCCCUGUUGUCUGACACCCAUGGCGGAGAGUAAUGGGAUAAAGGGGAAUGUGUUGGUUUGCUGGCUGUGCUGAUACAACAAGGCUGGGAAAAAGGGCCAGACAAUUCCUUUGAGAUGAAUGUCUUUCAACACACUGACUCUACCUGUCAUUCAUAAAAAUGGAUGAUUUAAAUAGCGCUGAGGACACUGUGGGGGAUGUGGGACUGUUGGUUUUGUGGGGUGUGAGGGGAGUGGGCCUUUGGCCGAGGCACACCCACCUCCCACCCUGCAGCAUGUGGAUUUGAGUCCUGGCUCCAUUCGUUGUCCAGACUCCUGCUGACAUGUACCCUGGGUGUCAGCAGUGACGGCUUGCUGCCUGCUGCGUCCUGCCACCC